GUGACAGCGAGAAAUGAAUUGAUCAUCACUUUGACUUGAGUCGGUCAACUCAUCUCAGCAAAAUCAGGCUUACUUGACCCGCAAAGUCAGUCGACAUCCUAGAGGAGGCAGUUCGCCGUCACAGAGGAGCCAGUAUACGCUCCCCCGGCUCGUCGCCCGCGCUCAGACCGCAACGGGAAAAGAGCCUCGACGACCGAACUCGACGCUGGAACGGCGGCCGUCCUUCGCAUGACACCCGCGAGCGAUAUUCCAUAGCUACUUGCUGACGUAUUCAAGCGGCAAGUGACCGUGUGAGCGUACAGCCAAGCGGGAAAGAUGAGCAUGUCGGUCCCGCUUGCGAGCGCUUAUGCGACGCCAGAGACUUGUUACCUGCCAGCCUUUGCUUCGCCUCUUCAUGAGACAGCGACGGCCACCUCUACCGGUGCACUACUGUCGCCGCGCCAGCCGUCUGGCUCGGCAAAGGGCAAAGCAAAGGACUUGAUAGAUUAUGCGCAGCUAGAAAGAUCUCUUCGUCUGGCCACGCUCGAUGAUGACGCCGAGGUGGCACCGGAGUUCCUCGAGGUCGGUAGCACGACGGCGCGACCAUCUGAAUGGCUGCAGUCUGUCAUCCUGGCAGCUCAAGCAGCCUCCGAGAAGUCUAUACCGGUGGCGAGCAGAGCAGCAACACCCGCCUCGACGGCUACGACCAGUUCGAGCGCAGACUAUGGAGCUUCACCGGCACAGAAGCUGCCCAGCUAUCUACGUCCCAGUGCCUCCGUCGUAUCCACCACCUCUUCUUCGUCUCAGGACAGUCAGGCCGCGUCGAAUGUGCUCUCGCCGCUCAGCUUACUAGGCGCGCCGUUAUUCCCCGAUCAACCCCCCGCCAAGCCCGCCAUAACUUCUGGCUCAGACACGAACGAUCAGAUUGCCUCAAAGAUGUGGCGCUACUUCACGCGUGCGAAAGACGACGUACCCCAAGGAUCUCGCUUAGAAAAUCUUUCCUGGCGGAUGAUGCACAUGCAGCUCGGUAAGGACAAGCGAGCGAGCGCCACGCCUGUCAACAGGCGAGCGGCUAGUGCAAGCAAGAUUGUGAAGUCGUCGCAACUUGUCAUGUCACCGCUGCCAGUUCAUUCGCGAAGCCCAUCCGCCGGACAUUCGCCCCGGCCACUUGUUGACGAAGAAGAGCUCAGAGGCCGGCGCGGUCGAUCUGCAGGCACGGGCAGUAGUCCGCGAAGUAGAUUGCCCAGCCCAAGGGCGCACGACUAUGCCGCGACAGAGCCAUCGCCACUUGGCGAAGAAGCAGCGGAUAAUGUAGGCGCCAUGAUGGACUGGCGUGCACCCUCGCUCUCUCGAUCGCGAUCUCGCGCAGGCAAUGCAAACCUGAACAAUCGGAGAGACGUCUCCAUGCAGCGUCUUCCAGAACACAGUCCGGUAGGCACUCGCGGAAUCGACGAUAUCAUGGAAUGGCGCGCCAAGUCUCGCUCACGCUCUCGUUCUACUAUGCGAGCCUAUGAAUCGCCACAGCUGCGCGCCUACGACAUUCAAACAUCAAUCAGACAUGCCCAGGAUCAAUACAGCCCUGAUUUUCUCACUGCUGCCGGCCAAAUCCCACUACCACCUGUCAUCGAUCAGCCAGAGACCGAUCUUCACAGAAUACUCAAUGCGGCCAUGGCCAUGCCGGACAAUAUCACGCUCCCGUCGGUUGGCGACGAAACCCCGCUGUCCACUCUGGUGCGUUCAGAUGACGACCGGCUAGCAACGCAAGCUCCUGACACGCUCAGUCAGCCCUUAUCAGCCGAUUUCGCAACGCCGAGCUCAUCUGACCCAACGCUCUCGAUGCCCUACUCUGAACAUCUCAGUCAUUCGACUCCCCAGUUGCUCAGCCUGCCCAAGCCUCGUCGAAAGUACGAAGCCUCGCCUUCUCGCAAGAGCGGCAGUAUACCCGGACUUGCAGACGAAGCCUCUCUGAAGGAGAACUUUGACGCCGAAUACGGUUUCUUGCCCCGUUUGGUUCGCAAGACGUCCUUCGACGAGACUUACACUGCUUCGCUCGCCCAUCUCGCGGCUCGGCAGGGCCACCCCGAUCUCUUGACACAAGGUCGCGAGGCGACUGCUCCUGUCGAGUCGCCUACGUCACUCCGUGCCCGGCACAACCGUGGCCAGACAGUCGAUUCCUCAAGGAUGACAUCUGUCAUGCCUGCCUCCCACGGGUGGACACAUGCGCCCGAUGUCCACAGACAGCAAGCGAGACUGAACACCUAUUCUCUCCCACCGACGCCUGUACGCGAGAUGUCAGGCUUCAUCUCCGAAGUUCCCUUCAUUCAGCAUCAUCAGCCUUCGGCCUUCGGACCGUCGUCAAAUCAGUGGCGCUACCCGGGCACGCCAGGCACUGAUAUUUACGGCCUUCCUGACGCUACGCAAAUGGGACCCAGCUCAGGCCUACACGCACAGCUGCCCGCGAGCAACCUAGGCUCGUAUCAGGCGCCAGUCUACGCCACAAGCAUGUUCUCGUCAUUGUCGAUGCCCAGCAUGCCUUUGUAUGGUUCCUUCAGUGCUGUACAGGCGGGCGAACAAUCUGGUGGGCCUGUCUCGCCGAAUCACUUUCAUCCACUGCUAGGGAUGAAUGCGCCGAACGUAGAGCAACACCUCGAUCUUCCGCAUGACCAGCAGCGAUCGCUCAUGUCUCCGGCUGUGAUAGAGGAGGAUGAUCUGUUGGCUAUUGCUGGCUCAACGCACGUCGACCCCUCAGUCAUCCAUCGUGAUCACAUCGCUGGCAUUCGAAUGAAUGACAGAUCCCGUCCAAGGAGUAUGACGCAGCCGAGUAUGGCUCAGAAUAGCGAUACCUCUUACUUCAGUGGCUCUAAUAAUGACACGACAUCGCCUUGGCUGCAAAGCCCAGCGAGCUCUCUUGCGGACUCGAUUACCUCGGGAGACUCGACCAGCUUUGCUCACCGGACCACGCGUCUCGACUCGCCUAAGAUGACCUCGACAGAAUCUGACAUCGGCCUCGCGGUGCGCGCUCAAGCAGCUCGAGCAGCUGCUCAAGAUUCGCGGAACGCGCCUCGUAAGCUUGGCGCUAGUCUUACCAAGCCAAAGGAAGUCGACGUGCGUGGCCCGCGAACUGCAGAAGCAGUCAAGAAGGCUGUGACUCCCGCCAUUGACGACAAGUCGACGGUUUGCAUGAAUUGCAAGACCUCAAACACGCCUCUGUGGCGCAGAGAUGAGCUCGGUCAACCUCUUUGCAAUUCUUGCGGUCUCUUCAAGAAAUUGCACGGCGUCAACCGCCCCCUCGCUUUGGCGACAGGCGUAAUAAAGAAACGCAAUCGUCGCUCAACCAAAGAUCUGGUAGUCAACGGCAAGAAGGCAAUUCAAUCCGCGCAAUCUCUUAGCAGUCUCAAGGCGAGUAGACGACAGUCAACGAUGCCUUAUCCUCUCUCUGGAGUCAGUCCCGGCAGCACGGCUGCAUCGCAUCGUCGCGCUGUAUGAAAGCUGUCAAGAUCAGGUCUCGUGCAUGUAGACUUUUGUAGGCAUACCCAGCAGUAGAGUGUAGAUAUGCAUAGUGCUUACUGUGACAGCGAGAGCAAGUAGGCUACGCAAGUAGAUUGCAUUGUGACUCGAAUGCUACAACGUAAAAUGCAGAAAAUUUUUCAACAUCAAUCAGCGUCAGUGUCCAUCAAGCAAGCGGAGCGAGUCACUCCAGAACAUCAAAGGUCGCGAAGUCGUCAAAGCUGGGUUCGAGGUUGAGGUUGUGAGUGUAGUGCAAGAGAGGAUCGGCGUUGAUGUCCAGAUCCGCAAGACUCGCAGUGAAUGUGCUGGUAUCUGUGUAACUGUCAGGUGCAUAGAGGUCAUGUGUGGGUAGUGAGGGAUCGGCC